UAUUAGACAAAGAGAGACAGGCAGAGACUAGAGAGAGAAGCACAGGCCCUAUUAUUGUACCUCUCUCCAGCUCAUUCCUUGUCCCCUCUCUCUCUCUCACUUGUUACUUCCGAGGAACCCUUCUCCGUCCAUCUCUCAUCAGGGCUUCAGGCCCUGCGUUGUCCUUUUCCUUCUCCAUUACAAUCUCAAUACACCAGCACCAUCAUUACCGCAACACCUGGGCCAUAACCACUAACCUCUAAACAUAACACAUUCUUAAGUAAAGAAGAAUUUUGAAAAAAAUUAAGCACAAGAGCGAAGGAACCUACAUGGAUCCCUUCUCCUGCCGCUCCUUCCUGAUUCUCAGCUUUGUAGUUCUGCUUACGACUUCUAGAGGAGUAAUAGGUGCUAGCUUCACUUUUGUCAACAAAUGUGACUACACUGUCUGGCCUGGUAUUCUAGCCAAUGCCGGCAGUCCUAGACUUGACAGCACUGGAUUUGAGCUCCCAAAGGAUUCUUCCCUUUCUUUUCAAGCCCCUACAGGUUGGUCCGGCCGCUUCUGGGCCAGAACCGGCUGCACCUUUGACGACUCUGGAUCCGGAAGCUGUCUCACUGGAGACUGUGGUUCGGGCCAAGUUGAGUGCAACGGACUCGGAGCUGCCCCGCCUGCUACCCUGGCUGAGUUCACACUUGGUUCCGGUGGACAGGACUUCUAUGAUGUCAGCCUUGUGGACGGCUACAAUCUACCCAUGGUCGUUGAAGGGAGUGGCGGGUCGGGUAUGUGCGCUUCUACGGGUUGUUCCACGGAUCUGAACAGACAGUGUCCAGCAGAGCUCAGGGUAGGUGACGGUAACGCUUGCAAGAGCGCGUGCGAGGCCUUUGGGAGUCCAGAAUACUGUUGUAGCGGAGCGUUUAACACACCCGCGACAUGUAGGCCGUCGGUUUAUUCGGAGAUGUUCAAGGCUGCGUGUCCUAGAUCGUAUAGCUACGCAUAUGAUGAUGCUACCAGUACUUUUACAUGUACCGGCGCCGAUUACACGGUGACGUUUUGCCCCUCUUCCCCAAGCCAAAAAUCUUCAAGCUAUUCAACACCAAUGACAGCAGCAACAACCACCCCAGGUGGAGUGUCAGGAUCAGGGCUCGAGUACUCUGGAUCAAGUUCAGAUUCUGGCUCUGCGUCGGUAUAUGGAUCCACAACUGGUUCAAGUUCUGGUUCUGGAGAAGCCAUGUUAGCGGAUGGAUCAUGGUUAGCUGGUUUGGCCAUGGGAGACUCUCACAAGACUGCCUCUCCUACUGCUCUAAAAUCUGCACUACUGGCUGUGUUUCUCUUGAUCUCUUUGCUUUGCUUGUAACACUAGGAAUCUGUCUCUGUGGUUAAUUUUGCUUGGUCGCUGCUCCUGCUGUUUGUUUAAUGUGUAUUGGUAGCAGAUUUGCGGGCUCUCUCGGCGGUGGUUGCUUGGAUUUUGCCUUUUGUUGGGGAAAGCUGACAGACAUUCACUUUCUCUCCCAUCCAGAUUGUAAACCACUCACUUCAGAGAUUCUCUUGUUAAAUUUCCAAGUGUUCCAUGUGUAAAAGAAUUCUUAUUUCUAUAUUAUAAUUUUUGGGUUAUUUUA